GUCUCUCCUUCUUCUUUCUGUAGCGAAUGUUUCUGACGUGAGGUCGAAAAUGUUUCGUUCUGUUACACAUAAUGUCCCAAAGGGACUGGUGUCUUUAGUGGGUAACAAUGUAACGUCAUCAAGAUAUGCUGCUGCUAUUACAAAGAUUCAGAGUAAAGAUAUGGCUACAGAGUCAUCUGUACAAAAGGCAAAACCUCCAUUGCCAGAGAAAGCUAAAGUCGAGCCUUAUAGUCCGUUUCGACCCAAUAAUAUGGCAGAAUAUGCCUUAGCUAGAGUGGACGACCUGUUAAAUUGGGGCCGCAAGGGAUCAAUAUGGCCAAUGACUUUUGGUUUAGCCUGCUGUGCUGUAGAAAUGAUGCAUAUUGCAGCACCUAGAUAUGACAUGGACAGGUUUGGUGUUGUAUUCCGUGCUUCUCCUCGACAGUCAGAUGUUAUUAUAGUCGCUGGCACCCUGACGAAUAAAAUGGCACCUGCCUUGAGAAAAAUCUAUGAUCAAAUGCCUGAACCACGAUGGGUUAUUUCUAUGGGAAGUUGCGCGAAUGGAGGCGGAUAUUAUCAUUAUAGUUAUUCUGUGGUUAGAGGUUGUGAUAGAAUUAUACCUGUGGACAUUUACGUACCUGGUUGUCCCCCAACAGCUGAAGCAUUGUUAUAUGGUAUCUUACAGUUACAGAAAAAGAUAAAGCGUAUGCAAAGUAUACAAAUUUGGUACAGGAAUUAAUGUAUAUUUGUGGCAUCUAUAGUUGUGUGUAUAAUAAAUGUAUAAAUAAUUUAAAAAUUGUAAGAUAAUUGAUAUAUAUAAUUAAUAGAAAAAUUAUAGAU